AUGUCAUUCUGGAGACCCAAGCCAGCCCCUGUUACCAUGGAGAUGGAAAAGUUGGCCAAUGAGCUGCCUUUGGAAUUUGACUGGCGAAACGUUCAAGGAGUGAAUUAUGUUUCCCCAGUUAGGAAUCAGGGGUCUUGUGGAAGCUGCUAUGCAUUUUCUUCCAUGGCAAUGCAUGAAGCCAGAAUUCGUAUAAUGACCAACAACUCGGACCAGGUCAUCCUUUCCCCUCAAGAUGUGGUAGAGUGCAGUUCUUACGCACAAGGCUGUGAGGGUGGCUUCCCCUACCUGAUAGCAGGCAAGUAUGCAGAGGACUUUGGACUGACUCCAGAAACUUGCAAUCCUUACAAAGGGUUUGACCAUGAUUGCUCCACCAACAGAAGCCAAUCUUGUGUCAGGAGAUAUGGCACACAUUAUCAGUAUGUGGGAGGGUUUUAUGGAGGGUGUAAUGAAGCAUUGAUGAAGAUAGAGCUUGUCAAAAAUGGCCCUAUGUCUGUAUCCUUUGAAGUCUACUCUGACUUCCAGCACUAUCAAAGUGGUGUGUACCACCACACAGGACUCCAGAGCAGUUUUAACCCCUUUGAACUGACCAACCACGCUGUGCUGCUGGUCGGCUACGGCUAUGACAAAGACUCUGGAGAAAAGUUCUGGUCCGUCAAGAACAGCUGGGGAACCAAGUGGGGGGAGGAGGGCUUCUUCCGCAUACGCAGAGGCACGGAUGAGUGCGCCAUUGAGAGCAUAGCAGUUGCAACAUCACCCAUCUUUUGAGAGAGGAAAUGU